AUGUCUUGCUUCGUAUCUCAAGAGACUCUUGGUGACCUUUCAAGUCUUGACCUCCAGCGGGCGCGCGGUCCCCAAGCAAGCCCUGAACUUGUGGCACGGAAAUCACACAUUCGGUCUUUUUCCGCGAGUUUUUAUACAGCUUCAUCAUAUCAGAAUUGUCGAUUUGUGUUUGUAACAAGUGAAAAUUUUAGGGAAGUGAAGUCACCGUCGCGGCAACCCCUCAGCACAGUGCAUUUUACCGGUACGCGGGGGCAGGACACCUCAGCCAAGAUCCAGGAGAAACGCAACCCCCAUCACACAAACCCACAGCCCAAAACAAGAACAGCCAUAACCCACAACCCACGAAUGAAUAUAAAGAUAAUCACCAACCAGUCUGCAGCAGAUCCGAGGGUGGCCAUGGGGCGAGCGCUUCGUGCGUUGACCCUCGCGACGAUCCUUAUUACGGGGGCGACGUUGCUCUGGGUCGCUGAUUAUCGUCCGUUUCCUGUCUUCUUCCCGGAGAAAAAGGGAAGACCGGAUCCUGGGACAAGAACGAGUGCCUUUUUCCCUAGCCUGUCGCAGAAGUGUUUCGCCUACAAUGCCACCAGCGCGGAAAAUAUGUGUUGCCUCAUGAUGAAGUAUAUUUCAGAGGACGACAUACGACGGUGUAUACUCGGUGUGACGAGCAUACCUGAAGUAUCACUUUCACCUGCUCGACGAUUAAUUACCGAAGAACGGACACAGAGGAACAAGGAAGAACAGAGAGGGAUGUUCACGGAAGACAGUUCUUCGAUCACGCUUCACAAUAACACUGUGAACUGGGCUUUCAUAGGAGACUCCCAUACGCGUUAUCUGGUCUGCGCGAUUUUGAGUCUCAUGAAAGGUCCUGAAUUUCAAUAUCGAAUAUCAGAAUUCCAGGGGAAAUGGAAGAAUAUAGAUCACUUCCUGGACAAGUUGCCAAGGUGUCAGUAUAAGGGCGAAUUUAUCAUGAUUCGUCACGUCCUUUCGCCCUUCACGUUAACAUACUACCUAGACGUUUAUUUGACGAACUUGCCAAAGCUGGUGCAGCAGUGGGAGAUGGAAGAACGACCGAGGCCCAAUUUCGUUGUAAUGAACACAGGAAACCACUGGAUGCGGUAUCUCGAAUCCACCUACCUGGAGAAAGGAGUGAAAACAGCUGGGGAAAUAUUCGAGAAACACCUGCAGACCAUCGCACCUGUAAUCUCCCGUCUCGCCCGCACAGCAACUGUCAUCUUCAAAAUGCAAGAUGAUCUUCAGGUGGCUUAUAUCGAGAAACCGCGAGUAAAAUCUUUCACCGUCGACAACAUCCGAGAGUACAACGCCCUCUAUAAACAAGCACUGAAGAAUACCGGCGUCGUGUUCUGGGACAGCACUUUGCCUCUCUCCCGCGCAUACAACCAAGAAUGUCUCAGGAACCCAAGACACUUCAGAGACACCCUGUGGUGGAUGUGCAAGGACGUGGUGCACGUGGGGUAUAUCCUGGUGCGUCAGUAUGCUGACAUGGUUCUCAAUGCAGCUUGUGGUCGACGUAUGAGCAACUGCAGCUGAAACCGUUAUUACCAUAGCUUUUUCUGCAACCGGUAACCAUUUUACCUUUUACCUUAUUUAUCCAUAUAAUUUAUAUAUAACUGUCUUACCUAAAGAUAAACUUAUA